UGGGUGCUUGCUUGGCCAUUGGGUAUGAUGGGCUAAGCUAGGAUGUGGCCAAGAGGAGAAGGGGAGCACACACCCUCUACUGCUCAAAAUAGCUCUUAGUAACCUGAUGAUUCUGAGGCAGGGGUUGAGCUGAAGUCAUGUGCGGAGGCCUGGCUCAGGAGUGGAGGUGAACCAGGGAGAGAGCUAGACUGAAUCUCUGCAAGAUGGGAAGAGGAAGGAAGGACUUGAGGUUGUUUUCGAAUGUUAUGUAGAGCAAGAAAGAGUUUCCCAGGAAAGGAAGGAAGGGAAUAGUUUAGUCACAUUGACACAUCUGCAGUUCCAAGGGAAUGUGCAGAGAGGGAUGGAACUGUUGACAAAGGCAGGCUGUGACCUCAGUCCUGAUAUCUGUGACCUCAGUCCUGAACGGAUAUCUGUGGAACUUGCUGGGGAUAGUAAUACUACCUGUAAUCCAAGCCCUUGGGAGGUAGAGAUAGGAGGGUCAGGAGUUCAAGGUCAGCCUUGACAUUCAGGUCAGCUUGUACUACUAAGACAGGGCCUUAAAAUUAAAAAAAAAAUGGGAGCUAGAGAGAUGGCUCAGUGGUUAAGAACACUGACUGCUCGUCCAAAGGUCUUGAGUUCAAAUCCCAGCGACCACAUGGUGCCUCACAGCCAUCUGUAAUAGAAUCUGGUGCCCUCUUCUGGUGCGGAUGAAGACAGUAGCAGUGGUGACAGUGUACUUAUAUAUUAUAAUAAAUAAAUAAAUCUUUAAACAAAAAAUUGCUGGUGUGGAGGCUCAGCAGUUGGGAGUACUGGCUGCUUUUCCAGAGGACCUGGGCUCAAGUCCCAGUAUCCACACAGAGGAUACUUACAACCAUAUGGGGAUCUGAGUGCCUUUCUGGCCUCUGAGAGCACCAAGCACACAUAUGGUACACAGACAUACAUUUGAAAACUUCCAAGUCUCUCUCUCAUACAUGUGCGUGUGCUCUCUCUCCCACUCUCAGCAUGAGAUGGCCUCAGACUUACUAUAUAGCCUAGAUUGAACUCACAUUUGUUCUCAGAACCAAGCCUAACUGGCCUGUCUUUUUUUUCUUUUUUUCGGAGCUGGGGAUGAACCCAGGGCCUUGUGCUUGCUAGGCAAGCGCUCUACCACUGAGCUAAAUCCCCAGCCCUGGCCUGUCUUUCUUUAGACCUUGGUUUUUAUUCUUCUAACAUAACUGGCCCUCAGACCUUAGCACAACCAAUUCCAUGGUGGAAGUUCAUGAUGUUCAGGCCAAAAAAAAGUUUGGCACAUAGACAGUUUACCUGCCAAAACUAAAACAAAGGACCUAAUCCAUCACAGUGCAUGGCUCUGUGACCGUCCCUAAAUGUACUAGCUUCGCUUUUUGGUUUCUGUAGUUCUGGCUAACUGUUCUGGUUAACUGAAGCACGUCAACAUGGACUUGGUUUUUGUGCUUACAAAGAUCACCCUGAGAAAGGCUAUACCUACAGUAGGAUCCCCAACCAUUUGUAAUUGCCAACAGGCUAAUAAAGACUUUCUAGUGACUUAAAGCUAAGACUAAGUAGUCUUCUUUGCUGGAUACCCCACAACACUAACAAAUGUGAAGGUUCGGUGUACAUACCUCACCAUACUAAUUGGUGGGUAGGUAAAAACUUAAAAAGUUUAACUCUGUAGAGAGACCCUGUUUCAAAACAAAUAGGCUCAGUGGUUAAGAGCACUGGCUGCUCCUCCAGAGGUCCUGAGUUCAAUUCCCAGCAACCACAUGGUAACUCACAACCAUCUGUAAUGGGAUCUGGUGCCCUCUUCUGGUAUGUCUGAGACAGCGACAGUAAGCAAGUAAGUUAUAACCAAGUAUGGCAGCAGCACAAGUCAGGAAUCUCAACACUCAUGGAGAGGGAUAUGAGGAAUUCAAGGCCAGCCUGGUUAGUUCAAUUAUGAGUUUGAGGGAAGCCUGGGCUAUAUGAGACCCUAUCUCAAAACCAAACAAAAGGUUUUAUUUUAUUUUUGUAUUUUAGUACCCUACCUGCAUGUACACCUGAAUGCCAGAAGAGGCAUCAGAUCCCAUUACAGAUGGUUGUGAGCCACCAUGUGUUUGCUGGGAAUUGAGCUCAGCACCCCUGGAAGAGCAACCAGUGCUCCUAACCACUGAGCCAUCUCUCCAGCCCCCAAACCAAAGUUUUUUGUUUGUGUUUUUUUAAGAAACUUGUAACUUAUGGCAAAUGUCUCUAUUUGAAAUGUUCACAACCUAAGAAAAUACAACACACAAAAGGAAGAGAAAAAUAUAAGAUACAUUCUUAUUCUCAUGAAAUGCAGUAUUCAGAGUAGUACUGCUGCGGGUUGAGUCUUCCUGGAGGCGGCGUUCUGAGUACUUAAACGAAGUGAUUGGUGUAAAAUGUCAGGAGCACAACAAGACGUAAGGGGAUGAACUAGGGAAGGAUUAAAUUGGAGUAAUUAGUUAUUUAAUUAGUUGGAGAACAGCAAGCACAUUGGUUUUGUAGGGCUCUGGGACCUUAGGGACCUGAGGCAGUUAACUCUGUUAAAGCAGUGUUAAUGAGGUCACAGUUCAGUCACGUAUCCCAGUUAGGUUCCCUCUUUUGCCCAACCUUACUCCUCACUCCAAGCAGCUGUCUCAGACGUCAGCAGAGGUGGGUUCAGACCAGAGAAUGAAGCUGAAAGGAGCAAGCUGCCCUUCAAGGUCAUACACAGAAGGAAUAGCACCUUUGAACUGGAAGGAAGGGAAGGGAGGUGGGAACGAGGACACAGCAGGCUCUCCCUGAAGGACUUGAAAGGAAAGGUGUUAGAAGAAGAAAUGAAAUCAUUCUGCAUCUGGAGGUUUCAUGCCCCCCAGGAGGGAAAAGAGACAAAGCAUUCAUUUGGUCAUCAAAAAACUCACCUUUUGGGGUUGGGGAUUUAGCUCAGUGGUAGAGCGCUUGCCUAGGAAGUGCAAGGCCCUGGGUUCGGUCCCCAGCUCCGGAAAAAAAGAACAAAAAAAAAAAAAAAAAAAAAGCUCACCUUUUUAUUAAAGUGUGUGUGUGUGAGUGAGUGUGUAUGGUGUGUGAGUGCAUGAGUAUAAAUGUGUGUGAGAAUGUGUAUGUGUUUAUAAGGUGUGUGUGAGUGUGAAUAUGUGUGUAUGAGUGUGAAUGUGUGUGUGCAUGGUAUGUGUGUAUAGUGUGUCUGUUUGUGUGUAUGAAUGUUAUGUACGUGUGAAUGUCUGUGUAUGGUAUGUGUGUGUGAAUGUAUGAGUAUGAAUGUGUGAAUGUGUGCAUGGUGUGUUUGAGAAUGCGUAUGUGUGUGUUUAUGGUAGUGUGUGUCUGUGUGUGUGUGUGUGUGUGUGUGUGAAUGUAUGUGUGUGUGAGAGAGAGAAUGUGUGUGUUUACGGUGUGUGUGAAUGUAUGUGUGGGUGAACGUGUGUGUAUGUGUGUGUGUAUGUGAGAGAGAGAGAGAGAGAGAGAGAGAGAGAGAGAGAGAGAGAGAGAGAGAGAGAAUGUGUAUGAAUAUGUGUUUAUGGUGUGUGUGUGUUCUUUCCAUGGGGUGUCCUGGGGAUUGAAUUUAGAUCAGACCGGGUGGCAAGCACCCUUACCCACUGAACCAUCUGGCUAGCCUCAUCCUGACUCUGAGUCUAUGACCUUAUUUGUGUGAAGCAUUUGACUUGUAUCAUAAUGUAGCUUUGAUUGCCUGUCUUCUUCCGGCCAGCACAUUUCCAUUGUCAGGCAAACCUCGUAUGAAUGUGGGGAGCUUUAACCCGGCACAAGGAAAGCCAAGCUUGCUCUGUGGCAGUCUGAUUCCUUUAAAUCCAGUCUCACUCGGAGAGUUUUGCUUGCACUUGCACCCAUCUAGGCUAGACUCUUUCUAAUUUGUAGUUUACUUUCUUCUCUCCUUUUCCUUUGGUGGUAACUUUCCCAAGAGCAGUUGUUUUCUCCUUGAAUCCUGGGAAGUGAUAUUCACUGUUGGGCUUUCUUUUUCUUUUUUUCCGGAGCUGGGGAUCGAACCCAGGGCCUUGCGCUUGCUAGGCAAGCGCUCUACCACUGAGCUAAAUCCCCAACCCCCACUGUUGGGCUUUCAGCCUGUGAUAUCUCAUCCUCCACUGAGUACACAUUUUUUCCAGACAAUGAUGGUUCUUCUCUCUAAAGGUAAAAUUUGGCUAGUGGUGGUGGUGGCUCACACCUGUAAUUCCAGCAACUGGGAAACUGAGGCAAGAUGAUUUCUAUGAGUUCAAGGUUAGAGCAGGUUACAGAACAAGAUCAUGUCUUAAAAUAAAACAUCCCAAAGCCACCCCCCUACUGGGGCGCAUUCUGCAAUCUCAGCAGCUAAGAGGCAGGAGGAUCUCCAAGAGUUCUAGAGCAACCAAGUCUAUAUAGUGAGGGCGUCUCAGAGAACAAACCAUGUCUUAUAUUUGGUUUGGUCUGAGAGUAGGGCUUGCUUCAAUGUGUAGACCUGGCUACUCUAAAACUGGCUAUGUAGUCCAGGCUGGCCUGGAACUCGUGACAGCCGCCCUGCUUCUGCCUCCGACUUCUUUCCAUAAAUAUUAGGGAGGAAAUUAUGCUCCUAGGGACGUUCAUGAAGGAGGACUACAAAUUCAAGGCCUGAACUAUUUUGUCUCGAAUAAGAAGAGGGGGAGGAAGGGAGAAGGGCGUGUAGAUCGAGAAGAGAUUAUGAAAGUCAGUCCAGAACUUGCAACGUUAAUAUCCUUUUCCAAAGAUGUAAAUCGGCAGCAGGCACUGCGAAGGCCACUAGGAUGAUCAGAGCCUCUCCCUCUGAAGGGCUCUGAGAGACGUUCCUCCGGACAUCUAAAGCCAUCUGCUGUUGACACGCCCACGACGUCGCCUCGGCGCCUACGUAUCAGGUCCUGUGACCACAGACUCGCCAAGUAGUUUGUGCCAGGCGACCUCGCUCCCCCGAGCCAUCUCUGCAGCUACUCAGAUACGCACCCAGCGACCUUUCUUUCUCUCCAGAGGUGUCAAAGAAACUACAUCUCCCGACAGGCAGCGUUUCCCUUCCUUCUUCGCUCUCCCUCUCCCUCUCCCUGGCAACGGUGUGACGUGAGGGGACCGGGAGCAGCGGUCAACGCUUCAGUGACAGCCUACCCGGCGCGGGGUCCGGAGCAGGGCGAAGGCAGCGGGAGCCCGCGCCGCCUUUCCUCCCCGGCCUCUCCUGCAGCUCGCCGCCGCCCGGAGUGCCAGGCAGGGGCGCGCGCAUGGCCUCUGCGGGCGCGCGGAGGCUCCCGGUCCCGACGCGCGCCGCCGCCCGGAGCUGCUGCGGCUUCUCGCUCUGCCGGGGCGCGCGCUCUCUCCCGACCCCGCCCCCGGGCUCUCCGCGGUCGCCGCGGCCAAUGAGGUUUCUUAUUUCCUGUAACCUCCUCUUGCCUCGCGCUGCCCAGGUCUUGGCGGCUGAGGUUGGCCUUCCUCCUAGUCGUUCCUUCAUGGGCUUUGCUGCCCCCUUCACCAACAAGCGAAAGGCUUACUCAGAGCGUAGGAUCAUGGGUUCCUUGGCCUUCAAUUCUUCUUGCUCUAGGUACUCAAUGCAGGAAAUGUUUGAGGUGGUGUCCAAUGUCCAGGAGUACCGAGAGUUUGUGCCGUGGUGUAAGAAGUCACUGGUGGUAUCCAGCCGUAAGGGUCACCUGAAAGCCCAGUUGGAAGUCGGGUUCCCACCUGUCUUGGAACGUUACACCUCUGCAGUCUCCAUGGUCAAACCACACAUGGUCAAGGCUGUCUGCACUGAUGGCAAGCUCUUUAACCACUUAGAGACUAUUUGGCGAUUCAGCCCUGGUAUUCCCGCCUACCCUCGAACCUGCACUGUGGACUUCUCGAUUUCCUUUGAAUUUCGUUCUCUGCUCCACUCCCAGCUGGCGACCAUGUUUUUUGAUGAGGUUGUAAAGCAGAACGUUGCUGCCUUUGAGCGCCGGGCAGCAACCAAGUUUGGCCCAGAAACAGCCAUCCCCCGUGAGCUCAUGUUCCAUGAAGUGCACCAGACUUGAGACAAGGAUUGUUUCCUUGCCUCUAACCCCUCUUCCCACCCAAUUUUAUUUAUUUGGUUUGGCUCUGAGAGAGGUCUAAGUUUCACCUCUCAAGUCUUCCUAAACUGGGCUGCAUGCUGUCUGGACACAGGAAAGAUAGCAGAUAUGAAGUGAGAUGGAUACAUAGGAAAGGGUCAAGCACAUUCUGAAAGCCUCACAUGCCCAUGGCCGUUGCACACCAGAUAAAAAGCAGGGCUGUAGCUGUCUCUGGGCCUGGUCAAGAAACCUUACUACUCAGUUGAUGAAAUUUAGAAGGAACUUUCUCACACAGAGAGACUGGCUGGCAAGUAACUUUUACCCUGCUAAGAUUUCUCAGGAGAAAAGGCAACCUGCCCCAGUUUAGGAACAUGUCCAUGCUGUCUGACAGGUAGGAAGUGAGGAGCUGCUUUACCAUAGUGCCACAGAGCAAGGGGGAGAAGUCACUAGACAGUGUUGUUCAUAUUGUGGGAUGUACCUUUUUUCUCCCAUGUGGCCUGAGUUUUUAUAAAACUUUAAUAAAUGGUGACAGUGUGAA